GAGGCGGCGCCAUGGCGGCCAAGGCGGCGAUCGGCGGAGCUCAGUACCUGACCCGGCGCAUCCCCCAGAACCCCAAAUACCAGCACGUCAAGACCCGCCUGGACACUGGAAACAGUUUGUCCAAAUACCUGGAGAAGGUGGAGGAGAUGAAGAGAAAUUACAGGUAUAAAAAGGAUGAGCUGUUUAAGAGGCUGAAGGUGACAACGUUUGCCCAGCUGGUGCUGCAGGUGGCCUCCCUCUGCGAUGACAGCCUGGCCGUGACCAGCGAGGAGCUGCGCAGGCUGCAGGAUGCCGCUGCCGCCGGUGAGGAUGCCCAGGUGGCACCGGGGACCAACGGCAAGGGCAGCCCUGAGGAGCCCCCCAAUCCAGUCCUGUUCCUGAACAGCACAGCCCCUGGGGAGUCCCAGCGUUCCACGCUCCAGAGUGUGAUCAGCGGAGUGGGGGAGAUGGACAUCGAGAAGGACUCUCCCAAGAAGGAGGACACCCAGGCCAAGGACCUGCCCUAUCCAGACUGUCCCUUCCUGCUGCUGGACGUGCGGGAUCGGGACGCCUACGAGCAGUGCCACAUCGUGGGAGCUUAUUCCUACCCUAUUGCCACGCUGUCCAGGACCAUGAAUCCAUACACAAACAGUAUUCUGGAAUAUAAAAACGCCCACGGGAAGAUCAUCAUCGUGUACGACGACGACGAGCGCCUGGCGAGCCAGGCGGCCACCACCAUGUGUGAGAGGGGCUUCGAGAACCUCUUCAUGCUCUCUGGGGGCCUGAAGGUGGUUGCCCAGAAGAUCCCCGAGGGGCUGGUGACGGGCAUGCUGCCGCUGUGCUGCCAGCUCCCGGCCCCGGGGUCCGCCCGCAGGAAAACCUCCCCCCGAGCACCCCCCGCCCGCGCCGAGAACAAGUGGAGGUUCUCUGCAGAGGAUCUGCAGAAGCUCAAGUUCUACCUGGCCGAGGAGCACAUUCCUUUGGACACUGCCAGCCGCCUGAGCCGGGGCAUUUCCAGCCGGGAUUCCAAGCCCGCAUCCGUGAGGAGCAACCCCAGCCUGCACGGCUCCAGCGCGGGAUCCCUGAGCUCCCGCACGCUCAGCAGGACCAGCCUCCAGAACAGGCCCUGGAAAUAGCCUGGGGGUCUCCUCCCACCGAAUAAAGGAUUAUCCAGGUUUUGGGAAUAGCCUGAGCAGUGCAGCCCCUUUGUGGUUUUAGGAAUCUGCAGGGAAAAGCAGCCGAAGGUGUGGAAAAGGCAGCUCGGGUAAGGCUGGAAUGGGGGUUCCUGGAGGCAGGAAUGUCAUCCCACAGCUCUGUAGGGGUGGGAGCAAACUGGUAGUGAAGUCUGGGGCCAAUAGGAACUUCCACAAAGCUUUUAGUCCAGGAGGUGGGAUUUGCAUCCGUGGCAUUCCCUGGAGCCACCUGUGGACACACAUGGAGGUGAAGGGGCCAGAACUGUCCUGGGAGCACAGAGACACUCAGCAAGUUGCCAAAAUGGAGAGAAGAUCCUUUGAAAGGCUUUUUUUGGGGAGUAUUUUAAUUAAGUUGUGCUAAUGAACAGAAGUAUUUCUAAUAAAGGUGUUUUUGGAAAUCAGCCCGAGGUGGUGCUGGGACCUGAGGGUGGUGUUUGCUCCUGGACUCCGGGAACUGCUGUGGCUUUUUUGCUGGAAGUUUAUUCCCAGUUACACCUUUCCCAGAGGUUUUGCAGGAGCUCCUUUUGAGGUUUUGGUGGCUCAAGGGAAACUUUGUGCUGCUGUUAGACCAGGACCCGAAAUCCCAGCAGGGCCCUGGAGUGUGGGGCUGAACAGGGCGAGGCUUACGUGGAAAAUGAGAGGCACUGUUUUCCUUCUGGGAAUCACCUGGUUCUUCCUGGUGACAAAGCAGAGUGAGGCUUAGGAAGGACCUGCUCUUUAGUCUUGACUUCCAGCCCUGCUGAGCCUGGUCCAGCUUUGAUUGUCAUGGGGGUUUGUGUGUGUAUUUUGGGAUUUCAGUGCUUUUUUCGCCCUCUUUUUGAAGCAGGAAAUGUUCAAGGCCCUCCCCAAAAUUCGCUGGGGAUUUUGGGAUAAUUCUGGUGAAAGGGCAGAGGGAGAGAAAUUGCACAGAAUUCCCAGUUUGGUUGUGUCUCUGAGUGUUCAGUCACUCCUAACUCCAGGAAUGGAAGUUUUAGUCUCUUAAGAGCCAUAUCCUUGGGCUUCUCCAGGAAAGAGGGAGGAGAUCCACCCAAAAUUGGGAUUCUGUGUCAGGAUCAUCCAUAGGGAAAACAGAAGAAAUAAAACAAAGCUAGAGGAAGCUUUCAAAGGAAUUUGGUGUUGAAGCACCACAGAAAUAGCCCAUUUAGCUUUGGAAGUUGGGAUGUGCAGCAGCUCCAUUUUUAUCUUGUGGUGGAAAAGAUGGAAUAAAGCAGCAGCUCCUGUGUAAUUCAGGAACAUCAUCCCCCUUCUCCACAGAGCUGGAUGUGCACAGGGAAGGGGAGAUCCCAGGGAGCCCCAGGACAAGAGGUAACGGCCUCAAGUUGUGCCAGGGGAGGUUUAGGUUGGAUACCUGGGAAAAUUCCAUCCUGGAAAGAGUGCUCAGGGCAGUGGUGGAGUCCUCGUUCCUGGAGGGAUUGAAAAUCCACGUGGAUGUGACACUGGGGACGUGGAUUUGUGGUGGCCUUGGCAGUGCUGGGAAUGGUUGGAUGUGAUGAUUUCAGAUUUCCCUGAUUUAUUGGGUGCUUGAAAUGCAGGGAUUGGUACAACACCAAGGGCCCUGUGGGGUGGGAGCAGCUUUGUCACCUCCAGGAGCUCUUGGAAUUGUCCCUGUGUUGGCUGAAAUGCUGGCUUUGCUGCCUGUCCCUGGUUCCGUGACAGCCUCCUAUGGAGGGGGUGAAACUGGUCUGAGCUGUUUGGUACCUCCCAAAUCCAGGAAUCCAAGGAAGGACUGAAGGACUUUCCCGCUGCCUUGGUGGAUUUGGGUGUGUUUGGACUCUUGGUGCUGUUUGGUGGAGAGUCAGAGUCUGUAAAUGCUGAGAGGUGUAAUUGUUUAAUUUAAUUAAAUGUAAAUGA